CGAAAGUGAAAGGUUUUUAAAGUCAGUGCUAACGCCAUUUCAGAGUAUGCGAAGACGGAUGCAGAUAGGCAUUAUUGGAGUCUUGGACAUUUUAUAUUUUAAAAGGGCCUAUUUCGUGGUCUAGAGGGACUUUCCCACUGCUCCUAGGAUGAGUGACACUCAGGAGAGAGAGGAGGCUGCAGGUCCCAGUGAGACUAUCAGAGCAGAGUCUGCAGCACACAGCUGUGGGACCAUGAAGAAUGAUCAAGACAUGACUGAUCCUGGAUCACCAACGCACUCUGAUGAUGGAGGUACUGAGCAGUUGAUUGGUGGCCUAGUGCUGAGUGACAUCAACACACCAACAGCAGAUAAUGAGGUCCUUAGGAGCGUUACAGAGAGUCCUAAACCCAGAACUCAACCAUGUGUAAUGGACAAACACGUAGAUGUACUGGAUGAACACCCAGGUGUCACAGAAACCAGCAGACACCUGCACACUGAACAUCUGCCAAUCAGAAAGAGGGAACUAGAUGAAGACCUGAAGCAAGGUAUAGAGAAGCACAAAGCCAGUCUAAAGAAGAUGUUUUGCAACAGAUCUGAUAAGAUCCACACAGAGCUCUACAUCACAGAAGGAGACAGUGAAGGGGUGAAUAAGGAACAUGAGGUCUGGCAGGUUGAAUCAGCAUCCAGAGCACAAACCACAGAAGACGCACCCAUCAACUGCAAUGACAUCUUCAAGCCCUUACCUGGACAGGAACGGCACAUCAGAACAGUGAUGACCAAAGGUGUUGCUGGCAUUGGAAAAACAGUCUCAGUGCAGAAGUUCAUUCUCGACUGGACAGAUGGCGUAGCCAAUCAGGAUAUAGAUUUUAUGUUUCCCCUUUCUUUUCGUGGCCUGAAUUUGGUCAGGGGUGAUGAGUAUAGCCUUCACAAGCUGCUGCUUGAUUUCCACCCUGCACUGAAGGAGCUGAAUGAUGGUGAGGGAUACAAAGACUGCCGGGUUGUGUUCAUUUUUGAUGGUCUGGAUGAGAGUCGGUUACCUCUACAUUUCCAACAGAACAUGAUGCUGUCUGAUUUAAACCAAACAUCAUCAGUUGAUACAUUGUUGACAAGUCUCAUUCAAGGAGCUCUGUUCUCCUCUGCACUCAUCUGGAUAAUCUCACGACCAGCAGCAGCCAGUCAAAUUCCUGUUGAGUAUAUCGACCAAGUUACAGAAGUACGAGGUUUCAAUGACAUACAGAAGGAAGAUUACUUCAGGAAGAGAAUCAGUGAUCAGAGUCAGGCCAACAGAAUCAUCUCACACGUUAAAGCAUCCAGGAGUCUCCACAUCAUGUGCCACAUUCCAGUCUUCAGUUGGAUGGCAGCCACUGUACUUCAGCAGAUGCAGGAACAGGGAACCACCCAGGAAGUACCCACAACUCUGACUGGGAUGCUCAUACACUUCUUGCUCAUCCAGACCACCAGGAAGGAUCAGAAAUAUCAGAGUGGAAAUGAAGUGGAUAAAAAGAAACUUCUGGAAUCCCAGAAAGAAAUGUUACUGAAGUUGGCAGAACUGGCUUUCAGUAAUCUGGAAAAUGGAAACAUGAUAUUUUAUGAUGAAGAUCUGACAAAGUGUGGCAUUGAUGUCAGUGAAGCUUCAGUGUAUUCUGGCAUGUGCACCGAGAUCUUCAAGGAAGAACCCGUGCUGAAUCAGAAGAAGGUCUACUGCUUUGUUCAUCUGAGCAUCCAGGAGUUUCUGGCUGCUCUGUAUGUGUUUCACUCUUAUGUCACCAACAAUCUUGAGGCACUGAAACCCCUAAUCAAUGAAGAACACAAAGAUGAUCCGGGCCUCUCGAUUUUCUCAUGUUUUCGAUCCGUGCUGGGCUUACCGUCGCAAGAUCAUCUACAUUGGUUGCUAAAGAAUGCAUUGGAUGAGGCUUUGAAAAGCAGGAAUGGACACCUGGAUCUUUUCGUUCGCUUCCUUAUGGGAAUCUCUCUGGAGAGAAAUCAGAGGCUUCUGAAAGGCCUCCUACACCACACUUACAGAACCGCAGACAGCGUCAAGAAAGCAUGCCAGGACAUAAAGAAGCUCAACAGUGAAGAUCUCUGUCCUGAAAGAUGCAUCAAUCUUUUCCACUGUUUGUUUGAGAUGAAUGAUCAUUCCAUGCACAAAGACAUUCAGAAAUAUUUGUCAUCACCAAAGAAUGUCAACCAGAAGUUGUCUCCUGCCCACUGUUCAGCACUGGCUUACAUGCUCCUGAUGUCUGAGGAGGUGCUGGAUGAGUUUGACCUGAAGAAAUACAACACGUCCGAUGAGGGACGCAGGAGACUGAUCCCAGCUGUGAGGUGCUGCAGAAAGGCACGACUUGCUGACUGCAAACUCACAGACAAGUCCUGUGAGCUUGUAGCCUCAGUUUGGCAGUCACCAAACUCCCUGGUGGAGCUGGACCUGAGUAACAAUGACCUGGGAGAUUCUGGAGUUCAGCUUCUUUCUAAAGGAUUGUCUAGUCCCCACUGCAAACUGCAGACAUUAAGGCUGUCUGGUUGUCUCAUCUCUGCGGAAGGUUGUGGUUUCCUGGCUUCAGCUCUGACUCCAAAGUCCUCCCAUCUAAAGGAGCUGGAUCUGAGCUACAAUCAUCCUGGAGAAUUGGGACUGAAGCUGCUAUCUGCUAGCCAGGAGGAUCCUGAAUGUCAACUGGAGACACUUACAAUUGACCACUGUGCGGAGAUCAGAUUGAGACCAGGACCACGGAAAUAUGCCUGUGAGGUCACCCUGGACCCAAACACAGCGCACAAGUAUCUCUCUCUCUCUCAGGGCAACAGAAAGGUGACGCAUGUCAAUAAGGAGCAGCCAUAUCCACACCAUCCAGAGAGAUUUGACAUGAAGUAUCAGCUGCUGUGCGCAGAGGGUCUGUCUGGACGCUGCUACUGGGAGGCGGAGUGGGGUGGGGGUGGAGUCGGUAUAGGUGUGGCCUAUAAAAGCAUCCAGAGGAAAGGGAGGGGCGAUGACUGCUGGCUGGGGCAUAACGCCAUGUCCUGGAGUCUGAACUGCUCUCCGGGCAGAUACAUAGUCAGGCACAAUAAGACCGACAAACAUGUGCCGUGCUUCCGCUCCAGAAGAGUAGGAGUGUUCCUGGACUGGCCGGCCGGCACUCUGUCCUUCUACAGCGUAUCCUCUGACGCACUCACCCUCCUUCACACGUUCCACUCCACGUUCACUGAGCCCCUCUGUCCAGGGUUCUGGGUGUGGGAUCAUAACUCCUCAGUGUCCCUGUGUCACAUCAAAUAAUCUCCCGGGUCACACAAGCUCCUCCUCAUGCCACGGGUUCAUCAGAUUAGAUAAGAACGUUGCUGUCAUUGUAGAGAGACAUAGGAAAUGCGGUUUGUGCGGUUUUUUUGAAGUACAAAAAAAGCAAAAUAGUGCUUUUGUUUAAGAGCCAUAGACCUACACAUAUUUGCACUGCUCAGGCAAACAACCUGCAGAUAUUGUCAUGGCUAAAUGUAAUGCUAAUACCAAAAGGAGAAGUAGCUACUUGCACGUGUCAGUUUAUUGGCCUGGCACAAAAGAAGAUGCAUAAUAAUGUGUGACUAAUCCUUUGAACUGGGCUCAAGUUCAAUAAAAAUACAAAUUCAAGAUAGUGGAAUGUGAUAUGCAGUUGGUGCAGUAUAAACAGUGUAAUACAUAUAGUGCAGUGUAGACAGUAGUAUACCGUUAAAGUGGUUUACAGUAACAUAUCGUUGACAAAGUGGUUUACAGUAAUAUACCAUUAAGAGAGUGGUCUACACAGUAAUAUACGUUGUAUAUACGCUGUAUAACUGUUGACCACUUUGCUGGUCAUUAUGGGUGCACCCAGUGAACAGCAACAUUUCCUUAAAAUAAAUGAAUAUAUAGUUUUUAUAUAUGUAUAUUUUUUUCAGGAUUACAUUUGAAUAAACUAACCACAUAGUACUACCAGCUUUGAAAUAAAAUGAAAAUACACAUAUCAUAUAUUUUUAGUUACUUAUAUCACUAGAUUUUUUUCCAGCCGCAGUACUCUUAGUUGUAGGAAGCUAGGAGGAUCCAAGAGGUUCAUUUGGUCCUUGGUUGAAAUAUAAUGGAGGCUACAUUUUUUUCCACAAAAUUGCAUCUGCUACGCAAUUUCCAUCACAGUGCCUUCAACUUUAACCUACUGUUAUUUGUUUGUUACUUAAUAUUUUUGCGUUGCUGCUCACGUUUUGGAAGUGCCGCUGUGCCGCUGCUGAAUACUUACAGUAGUAGGGGAAACACUGGUUAAAGCCUGUCCAAGGUCACACACACGUGUCCAAGGUCGCACACUUUCAUCCGUGUGCUGGCUAAUGAGAUGGUCAAGUGUAAUUCAUUUCAUUGCUACGGCAACAACAGUCAUCAGUAUUUAAAUACCUUGGCCCUAAAGAGUAAACAGUGGAGUCACCACCACUACCAGAAGAACAAGACGACUCAUCCGUUUACCACCUCAACAUAAUAGUAUACUCUAGCUCAUAUGUGAAAGACUCCUUGAAUAAAUGAAGAAAUGUAACUUAACUGAAAGUUUAUUCUAGCCAAUGUGUUCAAUAAAUUAAAAUUACUUUUAAAGUAACUUUAAAUUACUUUUAAAAGUAACUUUAAAUUACUUUUUAACAAAUGCAGUCAUUUAUUUAGGAUUAACGUGUAUGUUUUAACUUUUGUUGUGCCGUUCUUUGCAUAUUUUGACAGUAAAGCAUGCGAAUGCUCACAGUUGAGAAAUGGCGUUUACAGCUACUGGAUACCUUUUCAUCUCUUUGGUCAGAUAUUUCUUCAAAUAUUGAAUAUUGAAGACAUGCUUUGUAUCAUUUUCAGUUUUACUUAUUAUUCAUUAAAACCGAUGCUUGG